UUUCUUAGUUGCAAAGAAAAAAAAACCAGAAGGGUCCUAGAAAUAUGCAAAUGUAGUUGAACCCCAAUAACCAGGCAAAGCUCUCGUUCCCUCUGUCCGAGCUUUGAGCGGCCUGACACAGGACUUGCUGAGCAAUGAGUCAGGAGUUGUUUAUAUACAGCUUUGUGGCUCGGGGGACGAUGGUGUUAGUCGAGUACACCGAGUUCACUGGAAACUUCCCGGCGAUUGCUGCUCAGUGUCUCCACAAACUACCCUCCUCCAACAACAAGUUCACCUACAACUGUGAUCACCAUACUUUCAAUUUUCUCCUCGAGGAUGGUUACGCAUACUGUGUUGUUGCAAAAGAAUCUGUUAGCAAGCAGAUCUCUAUUGCUUUCCUAGAACGUGUGAAGGCAGACUUUAAGAAAAGAUAUGGUGGCGGAAAAGCAGAUACAGCCACUGCCAAGAGUCUUAACAGGGAGUUUGGACCGAAUAUGAAAGAGCAUAUGAAAUAUAUCAUUGAUCAUGCUGAAGAGAUUGAAAAGCUAUUAAAAGUGAAGGCUCAAUUUUCAGAAGUCAAAAGCAUAAUGUUAGAGAACAUUGACAAGGCUCUUGAUAGAGGGGAGAAUCUAUGUAUUCUCAUGGACAAGACCGAGAUAUUGUGUACACAGGCCCAAACUUUCAAAAACCGAGGAACUCAAAUUCACCGGAAGAUGUGGUAUCAAAACAUGAAAAUCAAAUUGGUGGUUCUAGGAAUUUUGUUAUUUUUGGUCCUCAUUAUCUGGCUUUCUAUUUGCCAUGGAUUUGACUGCACAAGCUAGCAUAUAGAUUUUUGUGCAUUAAUGUUUGAGUGCGCAAUUUGGCGAAAUAUUCUACUUUGAAGGGGGAGCUUUGGCUUGGCAACUGGAGGUAAAAAUGCAAAACCUUACCUUCUUUGAUGGUUAGUAUACAUUAAGCCUUGGGAAUUUUUUUUAUAAAGAGAGGGGGGAUAUAUCUUUGUUUAA